AUGGCGCUGUACUGGGCCGUCAUGACCUUCACGAGCAUCGGCUACGGGGACAUCACCCCGCACAAUUUCACAGAGUAUCUUACUUCGACCGUGUGCAUGCUGAUCAUGGCCAUGCUGUGGACAUACAUCAUCGGUUCUGUGUGUGGUAUUGUUGGGACUAUGAAUCCACAUCAAGUUCAAUUCCAAGAGCUUAUGGACAACUUAAACUCCUAUAUGGACGAGCUGGGCGUUCCCAGAAAGACGAAGUGGAAGAUCCGCAGCUACCUGCACGAGGCGAAGAGCGUCUCGCGGUUGCAGGCCGAGAGCAGGAGGGUCUUCGACUUGCUGUCGCCGAGCCUGCAG